AUGGCGCCUGCGGUGGUGAGUGGCCUCCUUCCACUAUGGGUGUGUCUGCUGCUGACUUCUGGUGCUGGCGAGGCAGGCAAGCUGCUGGUGGUUCCCAUGGAUGGGAGCCACUGGUUUACCAUGCGCUUGGUCGUGGAGAAACUCAUCCAGAGAGGGCACGAGGUGGUUGUAGUCAUCCCAGAGGUGAGUUGGCAACUGGGACAAUCGCUGAAUUGUACAAUGAAGACCUACACGACGUCUCACACUCUUGAGGACUUCAAUCGUGAAUUCAUGGUUUUUGCCAAAACUCAAUGGAAAAUUCGGGAGAAUAAUUUAUUUCACUUAAUAACGGGUUCUUCCAGAGGUAUUUUUGAAAUCAUUUUUUCACAUUGUAGGAGUUUAUUUAAUGACAAAAAAUUAGUGGAAUAUAUAAAGCAGAAUUCAUUUGAUGCCGUGUUCCUGGACCCUUUUGAUAUGUGUGGCUUAAUUGUUGCCAAGUACUUUUCACUGCCCUCCGUGGUCUUUGGAAGGGGCGUAUUUUGCCAUUACCUUGAGGAAGCUACGCAGUGCCCUUAUCCUCUCUCUUACGUGCCCAGAAGUUGGUUGGCAUUCUCAGAUGUCAUGACCUUCAAGGAGAGAAUUUGGAACCUUCUCAUCCACUUGGAGGAGCGCUUAAUAUGCUCCUAUUUUUUCAAAAGCACCUUAGAAAUUGCUUCUGAAGUUCUCGAAACGCAUGUCACACCCUACGAUCUCUUCAGCCACACAUCAAUUUGGUUGUUACGAGCUGACUUUGUUUUGGAACAUCCCAAGCCUGUGAUGCCCAACAUGGUCUACGUUGGCGGCAUCAACUGCCAGCAGGGGAAACCUUUGUCGAAGGAAUUUGAAGCCUACGUCAAUGCUUCCGGAGAACAUGGAAUUGUGGUUUUCUCCCUGGGGUCCAUGGUGUCUGAGAUUCCGGAGAAGAAAGCUAUGGAAAUUGCAGACGCUUUGGGCAAAAUACCUCAAACGGUCUUGUGGCGGUACACCGGAAGUCGGCCAUCGAAUCUUGCCAAGAACACGAUCCUUGUCAAGUGGCUACCCCAAAACGAUCUGCUCGGUCACCCGAAGACGCGUGCCUUCAUCACGCACUCCGGCUCCCACGGUAUUUAUGAAGGAAUAUGCAACGGUGUCCCCAUGGUGAUGCUGCCCUUGUUUGGCGACCAGAUGGACAACGCGAAGCGCAUAGAGACCCGUGGGGCUGGAGUGACCCUGAACGUCCUUGAAAUGACCUCUGAUGACCUAGCGAAUGCCCUAAAAACAGUCAUCAAUGACAAAAGUUACAAGGAAAACAUCAUGCGCCUCUCCAGCCUGCACAAGGACCGCCCUGUGGAGCCGCUGGACCUGGCCGUGUUCUGGGUGGAGUUCGUGAUGAGGCACAAGGGGGCGCCGCACCUGCGGCCAGCCGCCCACGACCUCACCUGGUACCAGUACCACUCCCUGGACGUGAUCGGCUUCCUCCUGGCCAUCGUGCUGACCGUGGCCUUCGUCACCUUUAAGUGCUGUGCCUUUGCCUGGGGGAAGUGCUUUGGGAAGAAGGGGCGGGUGAAGAAAGCACACAAGUCCAAGGUGCACUGAGAAGUGAGAGGGAUGCUGGGUGAAGCUUUGAUCCACUCCCAGCCCAUUCCAAACUUGCAGAGGCAGUAUAAAAUUCGUUUGAUUCUUGUUAAACAAAUGCUUUGCCAUAAAUCAGACAUCCCCACAACUUCUUUUUUGUUGUUUUAAUUAAGUUGAGAAGACGACCUUUGUAUAUUUGGGGCACACUUGGAGCGGAAGAGUGUUGUGGAGCCCUGGAAAGCACUGUGUGAUUUCUGGCCUUGGGGGAACAAUGAAGCUGUUCAAAUUGCUGGGUGCUGUCUGUGAGGGGAUCAUCCGUGAUUGUGCCAAAUGGAUCUGAAUAUGAGCAAACCCCAAACUAGUGCCAGGCCCAUGUAUUUGCACAACUAAAAUUUUAUUAAUAAAUUUGUUUAAUUUCUU